GCGGCGUCUAUGGCUCCUAGCUCCCAACACCAAGCUGACCAGGAGCUGGGCUAGCUUUCUGUGUCAACCCUUCAAAGCUGGUCGGCGUGAGAGGGCCACAGGCGAGUAACAGGCGCCUAUUCGACCACGGUCGCCCUCUCAUCAUCCCGGAGAGCAGCCUGACCCAGUCCUCACCUCGGACUCCCCCAAGCCCGGCGCCUGAGCUCGCAAACUUCUCUGCCUACUCCAGGUUCAGGCUCUGGCGCCCCAACGCAGCCGAGGCAGCGCGCGAGGAGGAAUCAUCUAGACAAGACAGAAGCUGUAAAGGCACCAAAAUAAGGACAGAAUGGCCAAUUGCUAGUGUUUGAUCCAAAGGAAAAAGUGAUGAUUGAACCAAAUGGAGCGAUGUCAGAAUGCAGACCAACAUUGGCAAGCAAACUUUAUACCUCACCAACACAAGUCUCUCUAAAUGUAGCGAAGACAGUCUCAGAAAAGUGAAAUGAGCAAAAAUGUAGUCAUUACAGAGCAGGAGAAAAAUAAUGAAUAUUCCCCUGAGGAUACUGAUGACAAGUUGUCUGAAUCAACAGAUGAUGAUGAUGAGGAUGAUACCAAUGAUGAAGAUAAUGAGGAAGACAGUAACCCUAAUAAGGAUACUCAUGCCCCAUUAGAGUUAAUGACAGAAUUCCUGAGAUCAGAAAUGGGCCAAGACUACCAUUUGGCAAAAAAAUUAUGUCAGAAGAUCCUAAUCUAUGAACCAGAAAAUCCUGAGGCCAAGGAGUUUUCCUCACUUAUUGAAGAAAUGCUGCUGAUGGAGAAAGCUCAAAAUCUGGAGGAAGAUGAUGAAGAGAGUGAAGAGGACAGUAGUGGUGAGAGUGAAGGGGAGAGCAGUGAGGAUCCAAGUGAAGAAAGCUCUGAUGAAUGUGAAGAUGGGUGAUGACAGUUGCUGCUAUAGUUUAAUCUUCAUGUAUGUUCAUUACUGUAUACUAUGGAAAUAUAAAGAAGAGAGCUGCAUUUCAGUCUAACUGUUCUUUAUUUGGUACAGAGUUCUUUUAAUUUAUCCAUAUUAGUUUGAGCUACUUCUUAAUAUUUAGAUUUUAGCUCAAGGUGAGCUACUCAGAGAGGGAAGUAAUCAUUGAAAACACAUAGCACUAACUAUGUGCCAGGUGCUGUUCUAUAUACAUUAAUUUGUUGAAUCCAACAAACCUAUGAGGUUAGCACUAUUAUCAUCCCCAUUCAACAGAUGAGAAAACUGAGGCCCAGAGGGGGUGAGUCAUUUGCCCAGCAUCAUAUACCUGUUGAUCGGUAGAGCCUAGAUUUGCAUACGGACAUUAUGGCUCCAGAAUCCAUACUCCAAGCCCCUCCCAUGUCCACUACUUUAGGCAUUUUAUAUCAUUUGUUUCAUGUUCUUUAUAGCACAUAUCAGUACCUGAAGUUCUUAUUUAAUUAUUCUUUUUUUUUAAGGUUUUAUUUUAUUUUAUUUUAUUUUGGAGUAUAGUUGAUUUACAAUGUUGUGUUAGUUUCAGGUGUAAAGCAAAGUGAUUCAGUUAUACAUAUACCUAUUCUUUUUCAAAUUCUUUUCCCAUUUAUAUUGUUACAGGAUGUUGAGUAGAGUUCCCUGUGCUGUACAGUAGAUCCUUGUUGGUUAUCUAUUUUAAAUAUAGCAGUGUGUAUAUAUAUGUCAAUCCCAAACUUCCAAUUUAUCCCUCCCCUAAUUUAUUCUUUUUAUCUUCUCCCUUCUUGUCAGAAAAUGUAACCUCCAUAAGCAGGACUUUGUCUUUUCACUGUUAUAUCCCUAGCAACUGGACAAGUGCCUGGAAAAUAACGGGAUGUGUAUACCAAGUGAAUGA